GCGGGCUCUCCUCACACAAAGGCGCAGCGUUGGGAAAAUGGCGGCGACAGCGGCGGUAGCGGCGGCCACGGAAAGCGCCGGCAGCAAAAUGGAGGAGCCGGCGGCAGCCGCGGUGGCGGCCGCGGCUCCGCCACCACCUAACGGGGCAAGCAGUGCUGGGGAUGCCCCCCCCAAGAGUGAAGGUGAACGACCAAGCCAAAAUGAAAAAAGAAAAGAGAAAAGUGUCAAAAGAGGAGGAAAUCGCUUUGAGCCAUAUGCUAAUCCCGCUAAAAGAUACCGAGCUUUUAUUACAAAUAUUCCGUUUGAUGUGAAGUGGCAGUCUCUGAAAGACCUGGUCAAAGAGAAAGUUGGUGAGGUAACAUACGUGGAGCUCUUAAUGGACGCUGAAGGAAAGUCAAGGGUAAGUGUUUGAGAGAUUUCUUCUGUGGAUUUUCUACAUGACAAAUGUAACUGUAUGGUGGCGUGGAACGAAACGAAGUCAGGAAGGUAGAGAGUGUGUAUGCUUAGUGGCUAUAACAUAGGAUUGUUUAAAGCUUCUUUUGGGGUGGGGAGGAGGUGGGAUGGGGCCUUGUAAACAGUGUUAGGGUGGUCUUCCACUGUGUUCAGUUGGCGUUGGCUGUUUGAAUGACCCAUGGACCCUAGCAGUAUGUAUAGUGGUACGGAAUAUUAAUGUAAUACUUGUGUUUUGGAAAAUGUCACUGUAGUGGUUCGCUGAAUUUGUAAGGCCAGUGUGCAGAAGCAGGUUUUGUAAACUACACUUCCUGUGCUAGUAAACAGAAGUCAUUCCUAAAUGCAAAUGUACAUUGCCUUCAUAGUACUUAAGUCCUUUAGUCCAGUGACAGUAUCUUACAGGGAGAAAAAUAGUAGGAGCAUGCUUAACUGUACUGCAGGAUAUGGAUUUAGGGUGAGAGAAUAUGUUGAGGGUUUUGCUGUAUGACAGGGGAGGACAGGUCACAUGAAGCGUGUGGUAUUUUUCUUGGAGAAUCGGGACUUAGUUUUGUUCGUUACCACUUCAGAAACUACAGUUUAAUCCUGUUAACUCAUAAGAAAUUAUAUCUUAUGGAAUUCAAGUAUUGAAGGCUUUAUUGGGUAAGAUUACAUCUAUUUUCACUAUUAGGGCUAACUAAUGUGAUUUGACUUAAAAAAAAAAAAAAAAAGUUGUUUUGUGUGUGUUGUACUUUUACUUACUUUUUCUUCUUUCUUCCUUCUCCUCCCUGUUACUCGCCUGUGAAAUCAUCUCGUCAGGGAUGUGCUGUUGUUGAAUUCAAGAUGGAAGAAAGCAUGAAAAAGGCUGCAGAGGUUUUGAACAAGCAUAGUCUUGGUGGAAGACCAUUGAAAGUGAAAGAAGUAAGACGUGCAUCUGUUCUUUCAGAUCCUGAUGGUGAGCAUGCCAGGAGAGCAAUGCAGAAGGUCAUGGCAGCAGCUGGUGGAAUGGGUAUUGGUCCAGGCCCGGGUGGCCCCGGCAUGAUCAAUAUCCCGCCUAGUAUACUCAACAAUCCCAACAUACCCAAUGAGAUCAUUCAUGCCUUGCAGGCAGGGAGACUUGGAAGCACUGUUUUUGUUGCAAAUCUGGAUUACAAGGUUGGUUGGAAGAAACUGAAAGAAGUAUUCAGCAUGGCUGGUGUUGUGGUUCGGGCAGACAUACUAGAAGAUAAGGAUGGCAAAAGUCGUGGGAUCGGCACUGUCACUUUUGAGCAAGCUAUAGAGGCUGUUCAGGCUAUAUCGAUGUUUAAUGGGCAGCUGUUGUUUGACAGACCGAUGCAUGUAAAAAUGGAUGAACGAGCCUUUCCCAAAGGAGACUUCUUUCCUCCAGAGCGACCCCAACAACUUCCUCAUGGUCUUGGUGGUAUUGGCAUGGGAUUAGGACCUGGAGGUCAACCUAUUGAUGCAAAUCAUUUAAACAAAGGCAUGGGAAUGGGCAACAUGGGACCUGGAGGAAUGGGAAUGGAAGGCAUGGGCUUUGGAAUGAAUAAAAUGGGAGGAAUGGAAGGUCCUUUUGGUGGCAUGGAAAACAUUGGUCGCUUCCCUGCUGGAAUGAACAUGGGCAGAAUGAGCGAGAUGGACCGUGCCAUGGGUGGAGGAUUUGAAAGAGAAUUUGGAAGAAAUGAAAUGGGAAUGUCUCGUAGUUUUGGAGAGACCUUGGAGAGAGGAAUAGGUGGUGGAAAUGCCAGCAUUCCUGGGAUUGAGAGGAUGGCACCUGGCAUUGAUCGUAUGGGCUCGGGAAUAGAAAGAAUACCUUCUGGGAUGGGGCAUGGGAUGGAGAGAGUAGGGUCAGAAAUAGACAGGAUGGGUCUUGUGUUAGAUCGCAUGAGCUCCAAUGUGGAGCGAAUGGGUUCAGGAAUUGACCGCAUGGCCCCUCUGGGCAUAGAUCACAUCGCUCCUAACAUUGAGAGGAUGGGCCCAGCUAUCGAGAGGAUGGGUUCUGGCAUAGAAAGAAUGGGUUCUGGAAUAGGCUUUGGUAUCGAGAGAAUGGGUGCUGCCAUUGACCGCGUUGGCACCACUAUGGACAGAAUGGGGUCAGGCGUAGAACGUAUGGGUUCUGGCAUGGAUCGCAUGGGUAUAGGUAUUGAGCGUAUGGUCCCUGCUGGAAUGGGAACUGGAAUGGGUCAGGUGAUAGAGAGAAUGCCAGCUGGAUUGGAUCGCAUAGGUGCCACUCCUAUGGAAAGAAUAGGAAUAGAUCGUAUGGGUGCUGCUAGCAUGGAGAGAAUGGGCUUGGAGCGCAUUGGAGCCACUAACAUGGAAAGAAUGGGUCCUGCUAUGGGACAGGGCAUGGGAGCAGGCAUAGAUCGAAUGGGACUUGCAAUGGGAAGCAAUUUUGAAAGAACGAUGGACAUGGAACGUGGAAACUUUGCAGGCAAUUUUGCAGGCUCCCUUGGAGGAACUGGAGGACCUGCAGCCGGGGUGGCCAGAAAAGCCUGUCAGAUAUUUGUGAGAAAUCUGCCUUUUGAUUUUACAUGGAAAAUGCUGAAAGAUAAAUUUAAUGAAUGUGGUCAUGUGCUGUAUGCUGAUAUCAAGAUGGAAAAUGGGAAGUCGAAAGGAUGUGGUGUGGUUAGGUUUGAGUCCCCAGAAGUAGCUGAGCGAGCCUGCCGUAUGAUGAAUGGGAUACAGCUUCGUGGGAGGGAGAUUGAUGUGCGAAUUGAUAGAAAUGCUUAAGUAGUUGCCUUUUUAACACUGAUACCAGAUUUUUGAAUUUGUAUUUUUUCUUGUUAACCAUUUUAAUUUGACUGGAUGUAAAGGUGUUAAAACAAUUCAGUUGCUUUCUGGAGUAAUUUUAAUUACUUUUUUAACAAAUGGAUUUCCAUUUUACUGUUUUUUUGCAUUGAAACUGCAAUGUGCACAAUCUUUUUUUGUAGUUGUGGCAUCUUGUUGACAUUACAGAUGUAAACAGUAUGACUUUGAUAAUAAAUGCAAGUUAAAGAUUUCA